CCGGAAAAUUACUCGUAGAACUACACCGCCUUUCAAAUCGGGUGAACCAAGCCCCCUCCCCCCUCACUUUUCUUUCAGACUUCACCACUUUGAUCUUCGAAUUCAUUGCUUCCUCCCUGACUGAUAUUUCCAUAUCUUUUUGCGGCUGGCUGGCUCCUCGCCUUCAUGGGUUCUACCUCCUAUAAAGUUUCAGUAAUCCUGACCUUAUUGAGCCUUGAGUCGAAAGCCACAAAUUCGGCGUCCGCGGAUUCCGUCCCGUUUGCUUACUGGCGCUACCAGAUCUUGGCAUCUGUCGCUCUCUUAGUGUGAGUCUUCGAAAAAGUGGGGUGGCGGUACUUGGAUCUAGAAGUACAAAUAUAUCCCUUCUUCCCAGAUGUGAAGCCAAGUGGCUACCAGUAUUCCUACCACCUCUAGUCCCAACCCUCAACAUCCGCCACGAUGUUCUGCAAAGACCACUUCUACACUUUCUUGUAUGGCCAGAAAGUGGGCAACUCUGAAGCCCCACUAUUUCUCAAUAUCAGAUCAUCCAAUGCCUUUAUCACCACGACUAUUUCAAUUGCCAUCUUCACCGACAUUUUCCUCUACUCAGUAGUGGUGCCGGUACUGCCAUUUGCAUUGACGGGACGAGUAGGAGUCAAGGAAGAAGAUCUGCAACGAUGGACGAGUAUCUUCUUGAGUGUAUACGGAGCAGCCCUUGCAGUGGGCUCUCCGAUAUUUGGAUGGUUCGCAGAUAAAUCGAUGUCACGACGUAUUCCUCUUCUUCUGGGCUUGCUUGCUCUCGGUGGAGCGACUGCAAUGUUAUGUGUUGGAUCCUCUCUUCCGGUUUUGAUCACGGGGCGAGCCCUUCAAGGUCUCUCAGCAGCAGUCGUUUGGACGGUCGGCCUUGCCCUUCUUAGCGAUUCUAUUGAAAGAGAAAAACUUGGAGCUGCGAUGGGAUAUAUGGCGGCUGCAACUUCGAUUGGAUCUCUCGCCGGGCCACUGCUCGGCGGAGUUGUUUACGCCAAUGCAGGCUAUUAUGCUGUUUUCUCAAUGGGAUUCGCAAUCAUCGGCUUAGACAUCUUUCUCCGUCUGAUGAUGGUGGAGAAGAGUGUUGCUCAGCAAUGGUCUCCACCUACAGAGAACCCAGUGUCUCUUGACUCUUCCGUUGGAAGAGACUCGUCAGGGGGUGAGAUGCAGGCCGUACCCGCAACUACUGUGCCUGCGGAGUCAGAAAAGACAUCCGUGAAACCUCUACCGAAGUGGACUCAACAUAUGCCGCCACUCAUCACGCUAUUGCGAGUGCCACGGGUUCUUGUCGCAAUGUUUGGCUGCUUUAUUGAAUCCACCUCGCUCGCAUCGUUCGACAGUGUACUCCCUCUUUAUGUGAAAGACACAUUUCACUGGACUUCCUCUGGGGCUGGAUUGAUCUUUAUCUCUCUUGUUAUUCCCGCUCUUUUCUCGCCAGUUUUUGGUGGCAUUUCAGAUAAAUUUGGCUCGAGAUUUAUUACGACUAUUGGCCUAUUAGGAGCUGUCCCAUUCUGGGUCCUCCUACGCCUUGUGGACCACGACUCCAUUGGACAGAAGGUAUUACUAGCUGCUCUGCUAGUCUUCAUCGGAUUCUGUAUAUCGCUGGUCAUGGCCCCCUUAAUGGCAGAUAUCGACCACGCUGUAGCUCUGGAAGAGAAGAAGAGGCCCGGAAGCAUGGGGAAGAGGGGAGCUGCGGCGCAAGGAUUUGGCCUAUUCAAUUUAGCAUACGCUUUGGGAACGUUGAUUGGACCGCUGUGGGCUGGGUUCGUGGUACAGAAUGGAGGCUGGGGAACCAUGGGAUGGUCCUUGGGGCUGCUCAAUGGUGUUUGUGCAAUCACGGCUUUCGCAUGGACAGGAAGUCGCAUCAUGCUGAAAGGGAAGGAAAGGAGCGAAGGUGCUGUUGUUUGAGGUAUUCCUUGGAGGCGAGUGCUUGGACUAGAACUGUGGCCGAAAAGGCUGUCUCGUGAAACAAUCAUGAUCAUCUUUUUUUUUUUUGCUUCGAGGCGUUGGAUACGGCAUUCUAAACAAGGAGUCGAUCAGAUUGGUUUGGGUGAUGUAUUCUAAGA